AUCUUUAUUGCGCAAUCGCAAGAGGAAGUCGAAAAAAUACUAUUUGUUUACAUUUUUUAUUUUGAUAGAUGGGAAAGUUUUGAAAUACUAACCGGAAAAGGAUGGGUCUGUUCGGGAAAGAGAAAGAGAAGAAUCCAAAGGAGAUGGUGAAUCAGUGGACCCACAAUUUAAGGAAGGAGGGCUACAACAUUGAUAGACAAAUCAGAGGGAUUCAGAGAGAAGAGGAGAAAGUAAAGAAAUCCUUGAAAGAUUCCGCCAAAAAAGGCGAGAAAGAAUCAUGUAAAAUUCUCGCCAAAGAAAUUGUGCGCUCACGCAAAGCUGUCAAUAGACUGUACACAUCCAAGGCACACAUGAACUCAGUUCAAAUGCAGAUGAAAAAUCAGCUAGCUACACUGAGGAUAGCAGGUGCCCUGGAGAAGAGCACGGAGGUUAUGAAAUCCAUGCAGGCUCUCAUUAAGAUCCCAGAAAUUCAAGCCACCAUGAGAGAUAUGUCCAAAGAAAUGAUGAAGGCUGGUAUUCUGGAGGAAAUGAUGGAGGACACAAUGGAGAGUUUGGAUGAUGACGAUCUAGAGGAAGAGGCUGAUUCUGAAGUCGACAAAGUUCUGUAUGAACUCACAGCAGGAGAGCUUGGAAAAGCCCCAGCAGCUGUUGAUGACUCACUUCCUGUACGAGAACCAGAGGGCGCUACUGCCAUGCCAAACGAAGAAGAGGACGAGGACCUGACAAGUCGACUGGAGGCACUGCGCAGCUGAUGACCAAGUGCAGGACCGAUUCUAUAUUCAUUAUUCUGAAAUCAGUGACAGAUCUAUAGUAGCAAGACCGAUUCUAUAUUCACUAUCCUGAAAUAUGUGACAGAUUGUUAGUAGUAUUAUUACACUUCAGUGACAGUGUGUGUGUGUGUAAUUUGUUACGCAGUGUGACACUGUCGUAGCUUUAUGAUGUCAGGUAAACGGAAUGUUAGGAGUAAAAAUCAUGGCACAGAAUGAGACAUGAUGGACUCUGUUGAACUUGGCAUGUUUCUAUUCUAACGGAAAGGUCUUUGGCAAAGUUUAUGUAGAACUUUCGUUGUUGUUUUUUUAAUUACAGCCCUAAGGCCUAAAUGGAACAGCUUGUUUACAAUAUUUAUAUAUACAGUUAUGUAUUAUUGCAAGUUGAUGUUGGCAUAUCAUGAACAAAAAGAUAGCAUGAGUUUUCUUUAAAUUGUAUUUUAUGUUUUGAUUUUAAAUAAGUUUUCAUAACUACAUAUACAUACUUUUUCUCCAUCUGUGUGCACAGCAAAGUAGUUGAAUACCCCGACUGCUCAGAAAUCUGCACGCCACUAGAUAUUGUGUGGUUAAACCUUUAUACUGUUAUAAAACAUUAAACAGUAAUUAAUAUGGCAUCAUAACUGAGGGAUUAUGAAAUUGUCAGUUUACAAAUCUUUUCUACUCAUAUCUAUCAGUGAUUUGAAAAAGUUGUAGUUGAAAAAUUUAAACAGCCUAUUGAAAUUUUAAACACUUGUUUGUAAAUCUGAUUUUUUGGGGGGAGGGUAUUGACAGUUGAUGAUGAUAUCCGUUAUAGUAUAAACUCUCAUUUGAAUAUUGAUAGGUUAUCGGAAACCCCUAAUUAAGUACACAUAACAGAGAACCCUUAUUAAGUGCAUGUAACAAAGCCCCUUAAUUAGGUGCACAUGACAGAAAUCCCGAGUUAGGUGCAUGCAACAGAGACAUGUAAUUAAAUGAAUGUAACAGUGACAUUAAUUACCUAAUUAGUAGCACAUAACAAAGACCUCCAAUUAGAUACACAUAAUGGAGACCCCUAAUAUUAGGUGCACUCAGCAGAAACUCCUAAUUAGGUGCACUUAACACAAAACCCCUAAUUAGGUGCACUCAGCAGAAACUCUUAGUUAGGUGCACUUAACACAAAACCCCUAAAUUAGGUGCAUGUAUCAGAAACCCAUAAUUAGGUGCUUGCUAUAUUUUCAUGUUGCUUGCACUUUAGUAUCAAGGUCUUUUGUGUAUAAGAGAGGAAUAUUUCUGUCAGCUUAGUGAAUCACAUUAUUUUCUUUGAUGUCCUAUUUAGACAAAUUGCAGGUUUUGGUGUUUUGUCAUAUUGUCUCAAACUAAAUAUUGCUGUAACACAUGUGUAUAUAUUGAAUUAUAGUCAAGAUACAUUUAUAACUUGAGUAAAGUCCCCCAGUGUAGAUAAAUUUGGAAUAAGCUGACAGACUCCAUCAGGUUAAAUUGAAAGUAGGUUCUGUUUCUCUCAAUUUAUCACAGGGCUGUGUCUGACUUCUGCAGGCUUUUUUUCGUGUACUGUAAUAUAUUCUGAUUGCUAUGUAUAUCUGGGUGUUUAAAUCAUUUUUCAAAAUUGUAUCUUUUUUCUUUUGUAGUGCACAAUAUGUUAGAUUUUAUGCAAAACUAUUCAAUAAUUCAUUAACUGUGAAGCAGAUGCCCUCAGCUGACAUUUAUUUUAAAAGUUGUCGAAUACAUGUAUGUGUAUACAGUAUGUUUUGAUGUACAGAUCUUUAACAUGAAUGAUGAAAUGAAAAAUACUUAGCCGUCUCUGGUUAGACCAACUGUAAUGUUGAAAAGUGGUUCCCACGGCCCACUGUUAAGGAAUUUCAUCGUUCCUGGAUGUUAUUGCAGUUCUCCACUCAUUCGUCACUGACUGUUCAUGAUACUCCCAAGAUUCAAGAAAAAAUGGACCAUCAACUAAAAAAAGUAGUGUCUUUAUUAAACAUGUUGAAUGUAAUUAGACUAAAAUAUGUGUUAAUGUAUACUCCUGUCAAAUGUGCCAUGUCUAUAUUUAUGACAAGAUUUUGGACAACUAACAAUGUGCUGGUUAUUGCAUGUACUAGUAGGGUCACCAUAUCACAUGAUAUGUCUUUAAGAAGUAAAUUUCAUGAGGGAAUGUACUGUGAUGCUCUAUGCCAGCGUAUGAAGUGUGAUUUCAUGAAAAGUAGGCUGGCGGGAAGCGUUGCUGCUCAUAACCUCAUGUAUUUUCAAAAAUGAAAUUUUUUUUGUAUUUACUGUUUAUUCUCAUCUCUGUUGAAAAUACUCCAAGCCAAUAAAAUAACUGGACUGAAUUUGUUAAGAUUCAUAGGAACGUUGUUCACAUUCAUGGCGGUCAUUUCAAUUGGUAAAGAUAUCAAAAGUGAAAAGAUUGGAAGUGUAAAUGUCUAUUGAUUACUAUACGUCUCAGCAAUAAAACGCAUUUUUUUAUCCCAUGCUACACAUGGCUGUUUUAUAGAACAGUACUGUCUGUCAUCAUUAGGAGUGCAGGUUUAGCUGACUUACAUUGCAGGCAGUUAUUUGGGCAUUCUGAAAAUUUCACUUAGAAAUUGUGGUGUUUCAUAUAAUUGUAUUUGUGUGAAAAUGUUGGAUAUAGUAAAACGUCUGCUUUCCAAAAUGUUCCCAGGCCAGCCCCUACAUUUGAAUUCCUUAAAUCGGACAAGACUCCGGACGUUUAUAUUCUUCCUGUGUACUUUUUCAGUUUUAUUGUUGGUGAAUAGAUCGUCCCGUCGGAUAUCCGAUUGUUACCAUUAAUGAAUAGGUCGGAUAUCUGAUUGGUAUACCGCAGUAUAGACUACAUUAAUGUUAGAGCAUUUAUUUUGAAAUUCACAUUUGAAAACUAUUAUUUCUAGAUUCUGUAUAUGCUUAGUUUCAGUUGAUGAGUAUGCUUUGCUGUGAAUGGAAGGAAAUGUAUGGUGAUAUUUCAUGUAUUGGGGAUUGGUUUUACUGCCCUAUAUAAACAGGGUCCUAUGUACUAAGUAGAUAUUUUUACUAGUAAUUAUUCAUGAUGGAUAAUGUAAGAGAGUUUUCAAACUAUUGUUGAAGUUUGUAACCAGUAUAUCUCUAUACAACUCUCAUUCUUCAUCUGUAUUCAAGUUUGGCGAUGAGAUCUCGAAAACAUCUGGGUUACACUGGGCAAAAUGAGGCGAUUUUCUGAUCCCUGGUAGUCGUCUGUCUGUAUGUCAAAUUUACAUCAAGUCUUUCACUGGCAUAAGUAACAUCAGCUGUUUUGCAUUUUUUAAAAACUAGUGAUCAUUGAAUCAUUUGUGAUGAAUAAAACCUUAAUCAACAUAA